GGGCAGGGCCUUGGGGACCACCAUUGGUCAGCGACAGCGCUUCUGCAUAGGAGGAAGGUAGUCUAGACGGAGGCGGAGAUCUGGGCUAGCGUCGCCCGUGCCGGAGGGACCUCGGGGCAGCUAAGGCCGCCUGCUCUACGUGCGGGCGCUUCGCCUUGCCCCGUGUGCGAAGACUGCUCUGCGCCGUCACUCCUCGGCCUCUUUCUCCCCGCGACCCCGCUGCCGGUAGAGGCGGACCGCCCCGCCAGGGCUGGCAGCGGAACUGGAGGGCUGAAUCGUGUUUCCGGGCGGAAGGGAACCUGCGCAGGACCCCGGCCUGACCCGAGCUUGUUGGCGGGACCGUGCAUGGAGGUGAGGGCCGGGCAGUGCAGCGCGGGGUUGGGCGCAAAGCUUCCGAGGCCUCAGUUCUCCCUCCGGUUCCUCCCUCUCCUUCAGGCGUUGCAGCCGAUGGGCCAGAAGCGGCCGGAGCGGAAGCCGGAGCCUGUCGGCGGAGGCCGCGGGGCCAACAAGAAGGGCAAGAAGCAGCCGCCGCCUCCCCAGGCCGAGCCGAGCGCGCAGGGCCAGGGCCGGGGCGCCGAGGAGGUGGCCGGGGUGCCGGAGCAGGAUGAGCAGCUUCGGCUGCAGAGGGAGCUGGACUGGUGUGUGGAACAGCUGGAGCUGGGCCUGAGGACUCACAAAUCCACCCCAAAGCAGGCCGAGCAGGCCGCCCGAGCUAUAAAGACGCUUCGGAGUAAUCGAGCCGAGCUGCCCAAGAAACGUCAAGUGAUGAGGUCGCUGUUUGGGGACUACCGGGCCCGCAUGGAGGAAGAUCGCAAAGCGGCCCUGAAGGCCAUGGAAGCUGGUGAGGUCGAUCAGCCCGGAUGCUGCCUGUUGAAGAGGCUGUCCGAAGGAAGAGUAGCCGGGUCUGCAGGCAUCGUUCGGGUAGAGGGAUGAGUUCUGUGUCUUCUCCAGAGGAAGAAUUUAGGUUUAACUUUUUUUAGUCCCUACCCACCAGGGAUCUACCUAAUUUCUGCCAGAAAAGCUACCACUACCACCCCCAACCCAUUCUAGGGGCUGGAGAGGGAGCAGGUAAUCAGGUUUGGGAAAGUCACUUGGUAGGCAGAUAUAUGAUCGAGAUGGCUCAGAUCUCCUGCUUUUCAGAUAUGUGGUCAUUGUCACUGAAAGCCCCUGCUUGACAUGUGGGGUCAUCAGGCCCCCUGUGGGAUAGAUAUAUAUUUACCAUAUCUUGAAUUCCUUGAAGACAGGCAAGGUUAGUCUGUACUGUGCCUUGACUGGAGGGUGAAGUUGGAGGUAGCUGAAGCUGCUUGAAAAAGACUGAUUUGUCUUUUACCUCUUAGCUACCUUGGUACCUCUAUUUCUUAGUCUGAGAGAUGUCUUCAUUCAGUAAAAUCCUCCCUCAGCUUUC